AUGGGGAUUCCAACGGAAAUGAGGGACAUGUGGGUGAACCGCGGAAAAGGGUUGCUCAUUCCUUCGCCAGCUGAAGAACAGAAGAAGUUAAGAUCCGCAAAGUGCACCCAAGAGGGUGCAAAAGAGGGAUUCAAGGCCGCUGCCAUUGCUUGUGCUCUCACCACCGUGCCUACAUUGGCUGCUGUUCGUAUGAUUCCUUGGGCAAAGCAUAACCUCAAUUAUACUGCUCAAGCACUCAUCAUAUGUGGUGCAUCAAUUGCUUCGUACUUCAUCACUGCCGAUAAAACUAUCUUAGCAUGCGCCAGAAAAAAUGCCCAGUUGGAAGAUUCCUUGAGACGCCAGAAGCAGUGA